GCGUCGCCUCGCCCGGCGGCCGGGCACCCCCAUGGGAGGGGGCCGCGGGCCCUGCAGCCCCGGCGGCUCCGCGCCCCCCCGGCCGCCCCCGCUCCGCUCCCCCCCGGCCGAGGCGAGACGGCGGCAGCAGCAGCCUCGCCGCGCAGCGGGAGGAUGGAGAACAAGGCCAUGUAUCUUCACACCUUCAGUGAGAGGGAGAACGGCUCCAUCUUCGAGGAGCCCUUCGAGGGAAGGAACCUCUCCAAGCUGAACCUCUGCGAGGACGGUCCCGGCAGGAGGAUGAAGGCGGCCGGGCGCUGCGGCCGGCUGGGCUCCCUGGCAGCGCUGAAGUACGCCGUGGUGGGGCUCUACCUCCUCGUCUUCCUCAUCCUUGUCGGGGUCUUCAUCCUCGCAGUCUCUAGGCCACAGACCUCCCCCGAGGACCUGAAGGUGCUGAUGGGCAACGUGAACCACCUGAACGAGAGUUUCCGGGACAUGCAGCUGAAGCUGCUGCACCUACCUCUGAAAGGGGAUGUGAUCGAUCACAUCUGGAGGCUCCAGGACCUGCUGCAGAACCACUCGGACUCCUUGUUCCUCAUGACGGGAUCACUGCAGAAGCUGGAAGGGCUUCUCUGGAGCCUGCAGACCCAGGCCAGCCAAACCGACAAGGCUGUGUCCAACCUCUGGGACAGCUUGGCUCAGCAGAGCGACACAGCUCAGCAGGAGAUGUACAAGCUCUCCGUGGAAGGCAACAGCAGUCGGUUGCUGCUCCAGCACCACGACCACCUCCUGACCCACCUCAGCAGCAGGGUGGAGAGCCUGAGCGACCAGGUGACGGCGGCAAGUGGGGCCGUGGACACCAUGAACAGGACCUUCUCUUACGACGUGAACAUCCACCACACCCGCAUCCAGGACCUGCAGGUGCUCAUCAGCAACGCCACUGAAGAUGCCCGGCAGAUGCGUCUCAUCCACAUAGCCAUGGAAGAGCAGCUGAAGCACGAGCUGGCCAUCCUCAACAACGUGACGGAAGACCUGCGGCUCAAGGACUGGGAACACUCGGUCGCUCUGAAGAACAUCUCCGUGAUACGGGGGCCUCCAGGACCCAAAGGAGACCAAGGCAAUGAAGGAGUGGAAGGUGAACCCGGUCUUCCCGGCCUCCCUGGGCUGCGAGGGCUACCCGGGGAGAGAGGACCACCAGGACCACGUGGCUUGAAAGGGGACCAAGGAGACCUUGGCCCUCCGGGUCCAACAGGAUUGCGGGGAUUCAGAGGUGACCGAGGCCCGAAGGGCGAGAAGGGCGACCGCGGCGGCGAUGCGGCCACGGAGGAGGGGACGAUCCGGCUGGUGAACGGCUCCGGCUCCCACGAAGGGCGGGUGGAGGUCUUCUACGACCGCCGCUGGGGCACGGUGUGCGACGACGGCUGGGACAAGAAGGACGGCGACGUGGUGUGCCGCAUGCUGGGCUUCCGCGGGGCCGAGGAGGUGUACCGCAUGGCGCGGUUCGGCCAAGGCACGGGCAGGAUCUGGAUGGACGACGUCUCCUGCAAGGGCACGGAGGAGAGCCUUCUGCACUGCAGCUUCUCCAGCUGGGGCAAGACGAACUGCGGCCACGCCGAGGACGCCAGCGUCAAGUGCCUCGCGCCGUGAGCCGGCGCCGGGACUGCGCCGGGCCGGAGGAGAGGGCGGCACGCGGGAACGCGCCACGCGGGAAUACGGCACGCGGGAAGGCGGCUUUGCCCCGCUCGCCUCCCGCACGGCUUUGCCUUCCUCCCCAGCAUCGGGCCGACCCGGAGUCUUCCUCGCCCCAAGCCUCGGCGCUGCCGGAGCAGGCGGACGGCCGGACCCGCCACCGCCGCCCGGCCCGGCCGGCCGCUCCCGCCUGCGCUUCCUCAAAUGUUUUAUUAGAGAAUAAUAAUAAAUACCUUUUUAUGAUUGUUUA